AUGCCGUCGAGUCGAGACCACCGCAUUGCCCGCGAGCUGCUGGACAUUGAAAAGGACAAGGACAACUCGGGCGUUUUCGCACACUCCGUUGAUGGCGUCCGUCUGGACCGUCUCAAGGGUUCGUUCCCUGGGCCACCAGACACACCAUACGCCACUGGUACAUUUGUCGUCAACAUCACGGUCCCGGAACAGUAUCCUUUCAAAGCACCCGAGAUCAGAUUUGAAACUCGGGUCUGGCACCCCAAUAUCAGCAGCCAAACUGAUGCCGAGGUCGCCAGCAUGCUGCUAGGAAAUCCGGAGCAGUUCAAACUUGUCGCGCACGACUGGGCCGUGCGCUACGCCGGCGCCACGCGUGUUCUGCCGCAGCCAGGGACCUUGGGCCCUUUUCAGACCCCCUCGCCGGCGGUGGACCCCAGAAGCUAUGCUGGUUACAACAAGAAUCUCGUGGACCGCUUUGCCGAUAUGGGCUUCUCUGUGGCUUCUGUUGUCGCAGCUUUUACGCAACUCGGAGUCGAUCGUCGUGACGGCAGAGAUUACGAGAUGGAGCCUGGCCUUAUUGGCGAUGUCACGUCCUGCUUGUUCAACGAAUAG